CAAGUGGAAUGUCAUGGCCAGCUCCUCAGACAGUGAAGAUGACAGUUUUAUGGCUGUGGACCAAGAAGAAACUGUGCUGGAAGGGACAAUGGAGCAAGAUGACGAGCCCCAUCCAGUAUUAGAGGUUGAUGAGACCAGACAUAAUAGGUCCAUGUCUGAGCUGCCUGAAGAGGUCUUAGAGUAUAUACUGUCUUUUCUUUCACCAUAUCAAGAACACAAAACUGCAGCUCUUGUCUGCAAACAGUGGUAUCGACUUAUCAAAGGUGUAGCCCACCAGUGUUACCAUGGUUUCAUAAAAGCUGUACAGGAAGGAAAUAUUCAGUGGGAGAGUCGGACUUACCCCUAUCCUGGAACCCCGAUCACUCAGCGGUUUUCACACAGUGCAUGCUAUUAUGAUGCUAAUCAGUCUAUGUAUGUGUUUGGAGGCUGUACUCAGAGUAGCUGCAAUGCUGCCUUCAAUGAUCUUUGGAGACUAGACCUAAAUAGCAAAGAGUGGAUUCGACCUUUGGCUUCAGGGUCCUAUCCUUCCCCCAAAGCUGGAGCGACUCUGGUUGUCUACAAAGAUCUGCUGGUGCUGUUUGGUGGCUGGACGCGGCAGCCUUAUCCCCUGCACCAACCAGAGAGAUUCUUUGAUGAAAUACAUACUUACUCGCCCUCGAAAAACUGGUGGAACUGUAUUGUGACCACACACGGGCCACCUCCCAUGGCUGGCCAUUCCUCCUGUGUGAUAGAUGAUAAAAUGAUCGGCUUUGGAGGCUCCUAUGCCCCAAAGAGUAAUGAUGUCUGGGUUCUUGACCUUGAGCAGUGGGCGUGGUCCAAGCCGAAUAUUUCCGGCCCCUGUCCUCAUCCUCGAGGUGGCCAGUCGCAGAUUGUUAUAGAUGAUGCAACUAUCCUAAUCCUUGGAGGGUUGUGUGGCGGACCCAAUGCUCUAUUCAAGGAUGCUUGGUUGUUGCACAUGCACUCGGGCCCCUGGGCCUGGCAGCCUCUCAAGGUAGAAAAUGAAGAUCAUGGGGCUCCGGAACUCUGGUGCCAUCCAGCUUGUCGGGUGGGACAGUGUGUGGUGGUCUUCAGCCAGGCUCCUAGUGGGAGAGCUCCACUCAGCCCUAGUUUGAACUCGCGCCCAUCGCCCAUCAGUGCCACUCCUCCAGCCCUGGUUCCGGAAACCCGAGAGUACCGCUCUCAGUCUCCAGUAAGGAGUAUGGAUGAAGCACCCUGUGUUAAUGGCCGCUGGGGAACACUGAGGCCCAGAGCUCAGAGACAGACCCCCUCAAGUUCCCGGGAAGGGAGCCUUUCCCCGGCCAGAGGAGACGGCUCCCCCGUCCUCAAUGGUGGGAGUUUGUCUCCAGGAACUGCAGCGGUAGGCGGCUCUUCCCUGGACAGUCCUGUGCAGGCCAUCUCUCCUAGCACUCCAUCUGCCACUGAAGGAUAUGAUCUAAAAAUGGGCCUUUCUUUGGCCCCCCGACGUGGAUCCCUACCAGAUCAGAAAGACCUGCGAUUGGGAUCAAUAGAUCUGAAUUGGGAUGCGAAACCCACUUCCAGUAGCAAUCACACGGAUGGCGUGGACAGCAGGACAGUUGGGGGCAGCGUGAGGCACCCUCCUGAACAGACAAAUGGUGUGCAUACCCCCACCUCACGUGGCAGCGCCCUUGCAGGUGCUGUCUCCCCAGGAGCCUUGCGUCGGAGCCUGGAAGCCAUUAAGUCAAUGUCCUCCAAAGGCCCUUCGGCCUCUGCAGCUCUGAGCCCUCCACUGGGGUCUUCUCCAGUCCCCGGAAGCCAGAACGUGAGUGCAGGAGAGACUGUGCCCGUUCCCCGCCCAGGGCCUGCCCAAGGAGAUGGACAUUCUUUACCUCCCAUUGCCCGCCGCCUGGGCCACCACCCUCCGCAGUCUCUGAAUGUUGGUAAGCCCUUGUACCAGAGUAUGAACUGCAAGCCCAUGCAGAUGUACGUGCUGGACAUUAAAGACAAAGAGAAGGGGAGGGUCAAAUGGAAAGUAUUUAAUAGCAGUUCUGUGGUUGGACCGCCCGAAACCAGCCUGCACACAGUGGUACAAGGCAGGGGGGAGCUCAUCAUCUUCGGAGGACUCAUGGACAAGAAGCAGAAUGUGAAGUACUAUCCAAAAACAAACGCCUUGUACUUUGUGCGAGCAAAGAGAUAAUAUGUUUGAACCCUUUUCCCUUUUUGUGGAGUUUAAUUUGAAGUUUCCAGUGCUUAAGCAUUCGGACUGAGAAUUGGGGAAAACAACGGACACAGUUACUCCCAUAAACCAAAACCCCCAAUUCCCAACUCAUUCAUUCUAGGCUGAGAUCAAAUCUCCCUUAAGAAAGAAAUUAUAUAUAAAUAUAUAUUAUAUAGCCAACUCUGUUUACAAAGAAGGAGAGAUCUCCGUCCUGGUUCAGAUAAAACUGUUGCUGUGUUUUAGCAGAGGCUGUGCUGCCUUUUUCUACUUUGCUGGUAACUCGACCAAGACUUUAGGGAACAGAUUGCUAUCUGAACUUUCCAAAAUAAACUGAAGAGCCCUCUGUAAA